AUGAAGAUUCUGAAAGCCAAAGUGAGCAGAUCCAGAUCCAGCAUUAUCCACCAAGUGGCCGCCCUUGCUUCCUCCAGGACAGAACUAAGCCUUUCUGCUGGGAGCCUGCAGCUGGAGUACAGGAGAAAUCUGGAGCACAAAAGGAGAGAUUUCACCUCUUGUGGGAACAAGAAGCUCUACUUUGACACCCAUGCCUUAGUGUGUUUACUCGAAGAAAAUGGGUUCCCAACCCAGCAAGCAGGAAUCACUGCCUCUGCACUGGUCAAGAUCAUGGACACCAACAUGGAUAUUGUCUACAAGGAUAUGGUCACCAAGAUGCAGCAGGAGAUCGCUGUUCAGCAAAUAAUGCCGCAGACUGCUAAUGUGAAAAAAGGUAUUAUUUUGGAGAAGAGUGAAUUUUCAGCCCUCAGAGCAGAAAAUGAGAAAAUAAACCUUAAACUACAUCAGUUAAAACAAGUAAUGGAUGAAGUAAUCAAAGUCCAAACAGGUAUCAAAUUAGACUUCAAUCUAGAAAAGAGCACAGUGCAAGAAUUGUAUUCAUUGAAUGAAAGGAAGCUGCUGGAAAUGAGGACAGAAAUGAUGUCACUGCAUGCCCAGCAAGAUCAGGCUGUCACCCACAGGAAGAUAGACACUGAGGUCACUGGCCUCAAAACCAUGCUGGAGUCGCACAAGCUCGAUAACAUUAAAUAUUUAGCAGGGUCUGUAUUUAUGUGCCUAACAGUAGCUCUGGGAUUUUAUCACCUGUAG